AUCCAAUAUUCUAUGGGAAAAUCUUGUAAUCAACAUAAUUCAACUUGUAUUUAUCUUGGUAAUAUUGGUGUAGUUAAGAAAGAAAAAACAUGUCAAAGAGUUAAAUUAUGUGAAUUUGCAACUCCAGAGCUUUUGGAAAUUAAGCACGAAAUAAUAAAUUCUGAAUCAGAUUUGUGUUUAAAAGUAAAUAAUGAAGUAUCAGUUAAUAACAUAAAAAAUAAUACUUUUGCAUAA